AUGGCCACACCAAUCCCACGGAAGCGGGCCGAGAGAUCAUGCGAGACAUGUCGCAAAAGGAAGACUCGAUGUGUGAUAGACGGCGACGCCGCGGGUGUCUGCGUUCUCUGCAGAUUCCAUCAGCAAGAAUGUAAGUUCUUGGACAAUAGUUCGCCUAGAAAGCGAAAGUCGGCUUCAAUAUCGUCGGAACAUGGUCAGACACGUCCUCCAUCCAAGAGACGCAAAAGGCCUGUCGAAUCUGACCUGGAGUCCAACAAGCAAUGGCGUCUGAUUAGGACCCGACAGGGAGUCAGCGUGGAGGAAUAUGAUCAAAUGGAAGAUCCCAGCCUUCUGAAGAGAACUCUGGGACUGCUUAACAAGUACCAUUGCCGCUACUUCAGCGUCUCUGGUUCUUUUGAACCUGCCAUGAUGGCGGCUAGGUCUACAAGCAUGUACCGGGAGAUUGAAGUCGCGACCGGCGGCACUCUACGCUGGGUUGGCCCGACGGACGCCUUCCUGCUCAUUCCAGAUCUCGGGACCCCUGGCUAUCUCGAAGAACGCCAGGAGGUAGAGACAGUCGAGUCGCUUGUAUCGCCACACGGUCGGACCUUGCUCGAUAUAUAUUUUCGUGUUGUCUAUCCCAGCUUCCCAGUUCUCUACCGAGAUGUGUACAUGGAGAAAUACAUCCGAUCACCGCUGGAGUUUUCACCGUCAAGCUUAGCAGCCGUCUACUUGCUGGCCAUUCGAUUCUGGUCACACGAGGUCACACUUCAAGACAAAGAAAAGCCAUGCGUGGAAAAGUUAGAAGCGCUGGGCCGGAAGUGCUUGCACGAUGCCAUAAAUUACCGGCCGAAACUUUCCACCAUCCAGGCAGGGCUUCAGUUGUUGCAAUAUUCUACCACCAACGCCAAAGAAUUGACAGCCCAGCUUAUCAAUGUGGCUUAUGGGGUCGGCCUUCAUCUUGACGCUUCUGACUGGGAUAUUCCCCCAUGGGAGAAAAGUCUUCGCAAAAGGCUGAGCUGGGCUCUGUACAGCCAGGAUAAGUGGAACAGUCUCGCAAACAACCAACCUCCUCUGAUCAACAGUUCUCACUGGGGUGUCCCAACCAUCACCGAGGAAGACUUUCCAGAGCAGCACGAAUACGAACAGGAAGGUAGCUCAGAGGUCGAGAAAGGCCGAGCUCUUUUUUGUCAGUUUGUCGCUCUUUCCGAGAUUGUGAGUGACAUCCUCGACGACAUUCUUUCAAUUCGCGCCAUCAAGGAGAUUGAACACGCGGGCGAACGCGGCUUGGAACUUCUACUCCGGAAAGCAAAACCAUUGCAAAUCAGGUUGAAGGAAUGGUUCACAAAUUUGCCACCCGCGCUCUCUAUGGAGGUGACGAACGUCAUGAAACUAUCCUCGGUCGGUUAUCUACGCCUGGCGUACAUCACUGCAGAGAUCGCCCUCCAUCGCCAGAUCCUUCUGGCUUUGCCGGGAAGCACUGAUACCGCCUUAAUCAAGCUCUGUCGGUCGGUGGCUGACGAGCGAUUUAUCUUUGCCAUUGACCUUCUGAAGUCACUGAAACCCAAUCACCUUUCAAGCUUCUGGUACUCGACAGCUCCCCAGAACCUUGCCCUCACAGGUACUUUCGGCUGUUAUCUGUACAUGACCGAGACUGAUCCCGAACGCCGCUUGUUGUGCAAGGCCCGUUUACGAGAAUACCGAUGGCUGCUCACCAUGUGUAGCGACAACGGACCGAACUCCUACUUCAAGCAGGCUUUAAGUCAGCUCGAUAUCUACUUCAAAUAUUUGCUUGACUCCAAGGACGAAAAUGGUGAUAGCGGGCCCUCCAUUUCAUAUUCGCCUCUUCAGUUCUUUGGGGAUACUUCUCACGACUUCUUGGACAUUUCACCGGAUGGAACGUCCUAUCACCACGACUAG